AAAUAGGCUGUUACCUGGUAACACAAACGUUGUUGGUGACAACAUACAGCUUCUAACGUAAAUUGCACUUGGUGUUGUAUUAUCAUUUCUAUAUUUGCUGUCAUCACUGCUAAGCGGAUAUGCCACCACGUAAAAAGGGGUCAGGUAUAAACUCAAACAAUGCCCCAGCACAACCUGUAAACAAGAACUGGGAAGCUGGCCUCGUCAGAGCACAAUUUGAGGAGGACUCAUGGCGGGUUUGUGUGUCGUUGGUGGCUGGAGGAAGUCGAGAGGAAGAAGAGGUCAUCCAGGCUCUGUCUUUGGCUGUCCAGAAACCACAACGCAAACGUUUCACCUUGAUAACCUGGGACAACACCAUUGAAAAGAUCCAUGAGCUAGGAAAUCCCAAAACAAAAAAACCCGACGAUGCACCCAUGUUUUAUGAGGUUACAGAACCAGCUAAGGUGCUGCUGGAUGCAGGAAAGGAGAUUCCCUGUGACCUGCUGGCAAAAAUACUGAAGUUCCAGCUGCUGCAGAUCAAAGCCAAAGAUCAGCGCAGGAGGGAACUGGAGCAGACUGAAAAAGAAAAGAUCGCCCCUUCCUCUGACAGGAAGGAUAAAGGUGAGGCUAAAAUCUCUGACAAAAAGGGAAAGGGUCCUUCAGCUCCGGUACCUUCCACGGAGAAGAAAACCAAACUCAAACGAAGGGAUGAUAUUGAUCCUCCCACAUUCAUAGAUGAUGAACCAGAAUGUGGUCCUCAGCACUACGUUCUCUUGGUGGGCUUCUACCAACCAAACCUGAUUGCCUUCUUAGAUGCCAUUAGUGUACAUGUAGCAAACACCAUCAGACUGUGCUCAGAACACACCCAUACCUUUAGGGAGCAGCAGGAACAGCCCAGCUGUGAGGCCAAUGAGCAGAGUUCGACAGUUUCUCCAGUUCUGGAUGCGGAGGUGGAUGUGCAAGCCAGAAGACUGGAUUUAUUUUGGUCAGGUCUGAGACAAGUUUUAGAGAGUGGGCCACCAGACUCCAAGCUUCAUGAUAUUGUUCAGCUCAGCUACAUUGUUCCGGAUAUCUCUCGUACUCAUCCUCAGGACCCUGAGGCUGUGAUGGAGUUGGGAAGCCAUAUCUUUGAUGGUGUGGCCAGUCUCAUCUAUGACUCUCUGGAGUGGCGCAGGCAGCAUCAGCACUACCGUGACAGUAUCAAGCUCAUCAAUGUGCUCACUGUUGUUGAGCUGGGUUCACAGUCUGCAGAGGUGGUGCCAUCUACAGCUGUUCUCCCUCAGACUCAAUGCUCCAAGAAAACGUCAGUCCCAGCACAAGGCCAAGCAGACAAAGAGACCAUGCCGCCUCCUUUCUCUGUAAAGACGGAUAUGCGUUACUACAGCAAUCUACUGGACCUGGUUCCCCCCGAAGCCUGCUCUGUGCCCGUGAUAUUGCACUGUGUACUGGAGCAGGUGGUGAUGUCCACAGAGGAUUCUUUUCCCACCCUGUCGCACACAGCCGAUGAGCACAAAGCUGUCAAGGGUCCCUGGUUAGACCAGCAGCUGCUCAGCUACAUGCUUCAGAGCUUUCUGCCAGAUACAGUAGAAGAGAGAAGCUGCAUGUUAAACAACCUCUUAUCCACCGUAGAGACGGAAGAAGACAAAAGGAGGUUGAUGGAGAAGUUUGGUGCUGUAGAAACUCAGAAGAAGUCUGAGAAACCUCUGGUUAUCAGGCACCAUGAUGAACGGACACUACGCUUAAGGGACAUCACUGUGGCUCAUGGUUUCAAUCCAGCAGAGGUGGAGCUGUCCAUGAUGAGGCUGUCUCCAGUCUGGGAGCUGAUUCAGUCGGUAGCCAAGCAGAGGAACAGCGCCUCUUGCUGGAUGUCAGUCAAACAGCAGCUGCAACAUUUCUGCACAGACGAUACUCUGUCAUGGCCCGACGUGCAGCGGCUGUUUCAUCAGAGUGUAUUUGAGUCUAUGACCCUGACCACGUUGGAUCAGCAAGGUGUGUUACUGGAUGCUGGCAACCCUCUGGCAACACUGGAGUCUGCACAGCAGAAGACAACAGUUAUCCCCUGGGACAAUCCUUUAUGCUACGCUAAACAGCAGCUACAUAAUCUGCAGAUUAAGGGUCCAACAUCUUUUACUGAAGACCCUGGUAAUGUACAGCAUCUCAGUGGGAAAGUCUGUAGCCAGCUGGAUUUGUCUGAAAUGCAGAGCAGUAGACUGAGGUCUCUGUUUGAGUUUCAUUAUACUGAACAUCAUGAUGCUGGGGUCUUCCCACAGGUUCUCCAGUUAGCCUCAGAGGAAUAUCGUUGCUUGGACACUUUUAGAGGAAGUCACAACAACGUCUUGUACAUUUUUUGCCACAAUCCCAUGAGUUCUGAUCGCCAGUCCAAAGAGCUCUGGGAUGUAAAACUUCACACCGAUGUCAAGUUCAGAAAGUACCUGGAGCAUGUGGCGGAUACCAUUUCAGACUGGACAAGAGAGGAAAAAUUAAAGAGAGACACAAUACAAAUCAGAAAUCAGAGACCUGCUGACCCUCCAAAAGAUGAAAAAGCUGUGUGCUUGGCAGAGGAGGAGGACAAGCUGGAGCCAGUCAUUCGAAAAGACUCCCUCAAAGCCUGGAAGUUAGAGCAAGAGCGGCAGAAGGAAGAGGAAACGGCCAAAACAUCAAAGAAAGAGAAAAUGACAAAAAGCAAGCAGCAGAUGGAGCCACAGCCGACAGACACUAAGAAAAGUAAAGCUUUGUCUGGCGACAAGAAAAGCAGACCAAAUACAGCAGGCAGGUCAGCCAUCGCUCGCCCAGAGUCAUCCCUGACUGAGGGACCACGUCCGAAUGAAAACCAAGAUCUGCAGCCGACAGAGGAUCCUUUCAGUGGCUUUAUUGGCUACAACCUGGAUGGACAGUUGAUCCACGUCUCAGGCUGUGUCCAGAACCUCUUCCCUUCAGAUGGAGGAAAAAUCACUGUGGAGAAUGUCCGCUUUGUUGAAGGUUCCAGCCUGAUGAAACUGGCUGUGAAGAAGGAUGGGCAUCAUUUCUACACACACAUCAACCAAGUUGUUAUUAAUCCUGCAAGAUGUGACCUGAAGAAAGGCUGUGAUGGUAAAGAGGCCGGACAGCUCAAAGUACCAAAGCCUUUGGAGGUGAAAACAGUGAAGCAGGGCUCCUUUUCAGCAGUGCUAGAUAACAAAAUCCACCUCUCUUACAGCUUCUUUGGCCCCACAGGAGAAAAUGCAGUGACUUCCCAGGAAGCAAAAGGGGGAAACUCACAUAUAUCCACACCUGAAGCUAUCCAUGUCUCCUCUGUUCCUCAUUCAAAAGGAAUAGACAUGGAGUCAGUUCCCUCCAGGACACAUGCUCAGUCCAUUCAGGGGUGUGAAGACAAGCCAGCUGAGCCAUCGAGUUCAUUCAAAAGUUUUAAUGCAUCUGUUCCUAAUGGCCUGCUCCUACAAUUCCAGCAAGAGGAUAUACAAGGAGCAUCCCCAGAGGAAAAGGGUAUUUUGGUGAGACAGAGUUUUCCUUUGCAUGGUAGAGGACAAAUGCAGGAUCUUCAGGACAUUUACCUCUCUAAGGAACUGUCUCGUAUUAUCACCAGCCAUGGAGCUGUGAUCCGCUACAUGAGAGAUGGUUCCACAGAGGUGUUGUUUGCUGAUGGCUCAGUCAGUUUCAGCAAGGACUCUGGUCCAGUGUGGGUUUGUGACUCUGACGUUCAGGCAGAACACUCACAGGAAGUUAAGGAUGAAAAAAAAGAUGUGAUCUCAGCGAAAGAAGCUGGGACUGAGAAAGGCUGUUGGUGGACUACAAGUCCAUCAGGAAAUCGCAUUUGCACUAUUGGGACCACACACAAACACAUUCCCACCUCCCCUCUUCUCACAUUUAAGUCUACAGACCCCAUCACCCAUCAGGUGAUGCUGAGCCGGGAGGAUCUGGUGGUUUCUGUCCAGAACCCUGAUGGAUCUCAAAUUGUAGAACACAGAGAUGGAACCAGGAUCACCAGCCUUCUCCAAGACAGGCCACUAUUUGCUACACCACAUCUGUUUCACACAAGUAACCAGCAGACACUUCCCACACACUUUAGGCAGAAGCCAGAAAGUGUCACUCUUAAAUCAACCUCUCAGUGUGCAAGUGGCUGUAUGUGUGUCACACACUCUGUGGACAGCUUAAAUGAGAAUGUGCAUAUCCAAGAUGGUUGUGACAGUGAAAAUGAAAUUAGCAGAAACAGUGCAGGGAACACUUGUGAUAAGGAGGGUGCUUGUAGCAAUUCAAGUCAGUGUGGGUGCACUCAGAGUAAUGUGGAUAAGAAUGAUGAGCAGAGUGUGUUUCCUGAUGAGAAUGUGGCUGAGAAUGGGAAGACGAGUCCAUGUGAGAGUGAAAAGGGAAGCAAGUCCACCAAAGAGCGGGUCUUGUUGGUGGAGAAGGAGGGCUGUGCCAUGGUGGUGAUGUACCCAGAGCGUCACACAGCUCACAUCUUUUUAGCAGAUGGAACAAUCAUCACUGGAAACAACCAAGGAAAGUAUGAGGUGUUUCCAUCUAGCAAAGGAUUCCUUCAGAUCCAAAGUGAUGGAAAGUAUGUGUAUUCCUCUGACCCACUUGUAACCCCCAGUCCAAAGCAUUGUAACCUCACCAACCAGCCAGGAAUUUACACCAUGAGCCACACAGACAAAGUAGCCUGUGAUGUUACAGAUGACAAUGGGAACCAUUUUCAGGUGAUGGAUGAUGGGCAGGUAUCUGUGCUUAGAUUCAGUCCUGCUCCAAGCACACUUAAAGAUGAUGAGGAAGAGCUGGAGGAGGAUGAGGAGAAGGACAGACAGUUCAGGCUUCAUGCAAAACACAAAGAACAUUGUCCCAGGCUAUUUCUGGUGCACGAGGAUGGUUCAGGCACUGAGUUACUGAGUUCUCAGACUGUAGAGGAGCUGCUCCAACAAGCAUACUCUGACCCAACCAUAGCAUUGCUGAUGGAACCACUGCCAGACAAACAAGAUGAUUUAGGCAUUACUAUCUUAAAACCCAGCCACCAGAGCGUGUGGUCCCAGUGGUUGCUAGGGAAACAGAACGCUGACAUCACUCCUCCAAACCUCAGAAACCGCAGCUGGCAUGACUUCCCCACAGUGGAGAAGAAGAGCCCUGGUCCUCUGUUUGGUACCAACAUAGGGGUUGGUCUGACUCUGAGGGAGAGGUCUGGUGGUUCUGUAGUGCAGCAUCAACCUGUCAGAAGCUGUCCUAAAGUCCUGGAGAUGAGAGAAUUACACCAGCACCGAUCAUGCACCACAAAGCUCAAAAAUAUCAUUGACUCACGACUUAAAGAAUACAUAGAGAGUUUGAUGGCGAGAGAACAGCAGUCAGAGGAGAUGAAAGUGAAAGACCCUCGAACUGAGGAAGGGUGUUCCCAUGCCAAGAAUCUCUCCAGUCUUUUCCUGUCUUUUGCAGAGGAAGAUGAUGCAAAUCACACUGCUGAUUCCAGGAUUACAGUGAAUGUUGGCAGUCUGUACACUCGAGGAGUCAGAGCAUCCGUUGAGCAAUCUGAUGGUUCAGAAGAUGCCAACACAGAGACCAGUAGCAGUUUGGAAAGAUUACAGUGCGAUACUAAUGGAAAAGAUUUGAAAUGGACUGAAAGGCUUGCAAAACACAGACAGGAGAUCAGUGAGGAGAAGACUUACAGAGAAGCUCUGCAGAAGAAGAACAUUGCUCCUUACUUUCACCCGGAAAACAUUCAAUUAUACCAAAAUCUGCUACAUCACCAUGUAGCUGACACGGGGAGUCUAUCCAUGGAUCAGCCUCUGGUCCCUAGGUCAGAUAGUGCUGACGCCCUUGUGGAAGAUGCCGCACAAGAAAGAACCCCACGACCUUUAAACCCUACUCCCUCUCAGUCAGAAAGUCAUGCAGAUAGAAGUGACAGAGUGCCUGAAAAGAGACCCACCAACCCUACACCACAGACUGCUGGUGAAAGCAGCCUGAGGGGUUCAUCAAGGCAAUGCAAGUCAGUGCAGGUGGAUGUAACUGGAAAGCCUAGACAGAAUAAAGUCAGGCUACCGACCUGCAUCCUCAGCUCUAAAACCUGCAGCGUACCAAAUGAACACUUCCUGACAGUGGAGGAACCAGUGAGGAGGAAGUGUCGAACCGUUUCUCUUGCUGAUCCUAGCACCAUAGUGAGGGGCUUCCAGCUUCUCCCGUCAAGUGUUGACUUCGGGGUGCUGCAGGAGGGCACCUCCUCGACCAUUACUGUGGUCAUGAGGAAUGUGGGCGUUGACACAUGCAGGUUCCGUGUAAAACAACCUCCUCCUGCUACAGGCCUCCGUGUCAUCUACAAUCCAGGGCCUGUGGCUGCAGGUUUGCACGUAGAACUGCAGGUUCAGCUGUUUGCCAUGCGUACAGCCCAGGAACAAGUAGAGCCAAAGAGUUACAUCUCACAGGAUAUAAUCAUCUAUACUGAGACAGACAUCCUCUAUCUGCCUGUUGCUGCUAUUGUCUUUCCUGAGAGAGAAUAUAACAUGGAGGACACCAGUGCAAACAUAAAGAGAGAAUCCAGGGCCUUCCAACUGUCAGGAAAUCAUACGCAUGUGAGUCAACACAGGCCUGAUUUGCCCUCAGAUUAAACAGGACAUUUUUAUAGCACCACCUCAUCUUCAGACAGACCAAUCUUCAAUUGGAUUUAAUGGCACUGGAUUUUAGAUUUUUACCUUGACAAUA